AUCGGACAAAUACGCUCCAAGAAUACAUCACAUCGUAGAACCGAGUGAAAUGAUGAAUAAAGGCGGAAUGACGACACCACACACAACACAUUGCCUGGCUAAUGGUGAAAUCAUGAUAAGUUGCCUAGGUGACGCGAACGGUAACAAUAAAGGUGGAUUUGUCGUACUUGACGGACAGACGUUUGAAGUGAAGGGAAAAUGGGAGCAAGGAAAAGAGGCCGAGUACGGUUAUGAUUAUUGGUACCAGCCACAUUUCAAUGUCAUGGUUAGCUCCGGCUGGGCUGCUCCAAAAACAUUCAAACCGGGAUUCAAUCCAAAAGACGUAGAAAAAGGUUUGUACGGAAACGCCCUGUAUUUCUGGGACUGGAAGAAUCGUACCAUUACCCAGACGGUAGAUCUUGGCCCUGACGGUGUGAUUCCCCUUGAAGUACGAUUUAUGCACAACCCGGAAGUUCCACUUGGCUUCGUUGGAUGCGCUUUGAGCUCCACUAUCAAAAUGUUCUUCAAAAACAAUAGCGGAAAGUGGGACGCUAAGACCGUAGUUUCGGUUCCAUCAAAAAAAGUGCAGGGUUGGGCACUUCCGGAAAUGCCGGGUUUGAUUACAGACAUUAUUCUAUCACUUGACGACAGGUUCCUGUACUUUAGUAACUGGUUACAUGGUGAUAUGAGACAAUAUGACAUCACAGACCCACAUAACCCAAAACUUGUAGGGCAGCUAUUCCUUGGCGGAAGCAUUUGCCAAGGUGAAGGAGUCACUGUAACUGAAGAUAAGGAGCUUAAGAGUCAACCAAAGCGGCCUAUGAUCAAAGGAAAACCAAUAAUCGGUGCCCCUCAGAUGGUACAGCUAAGUUUAGACGGAAAACGUAUGUACGUCACAACGUCACUGUUCUCUAACUGGGAUCAACAAUUCUAUCCCGACAUGUGCAAGAAGGGGUCCAUGUUACUCCAGAUUGAUGUAGAUACAGACAAGGGUGGUCUGACCUUGAACCAAGAUUUCUUGGUUGACUUCGGAGAUGAGCCCGGCGGACCUGUACUCGCCCACGAGAUCCGCUACCCAGGGGGUGACUGCACAUCCGACAUCUGGUUGUCCAAGAAAACUUUGGCUGAAACAGGUGCCAAAACAAUAUCCAAAAUUUAGACAAUCAAUAUGUAUAAAAAAUGCAAUAAAAAAUCCAGUCCGUCUUUUGUGACCUUGAACCUUGAAAAUUGAGAAAGGGUUUAGUAACUUUUAAUAUACAUAUCGUAUUUGUAAAUAACGUAUAAAUUUGUAAUGAAAAUACGAUUUGAGGUGAACUAAUGUA